AACAUGGUCGGCUUAAUCUCUAGUCUUGGGAAACUGUAACACAGUGAGCGCCUGCAGCUCUGUGAUUCAACCUCCCCGAGUUGGAGUCUGUCUGAAUGAAUCAAUCCAGAAACCCCUGCAGAGCUAUAUCAGCAGCAGAUGACCGAUUCGUCAUCGAAAUUUGGAGCGUUGUGGUUGUUACAGAGCAGAAUCUGUUUUUUGUUUUCUGUAAGUGAAUAUCAUAGCAGUCCAAAACACUCCUCUCUGUUCAUCCUGUAUAUCCUUUUCCUUCAUCAUCACUUCAUCUCCUUUGUUUCGAUACUCCUCCCCUCCAUCCUCCUCCUCAUUUCACUUCCCAGGUCUGUGCUGCAGUUGAUUAGUACAGCUGGAUGUGUCUUUUUUCCUCUGCAGCUCCCUGUCUCAGAUGUGCAUAAAUAGGCCCUGUGGCGUUGUAAUUGCUAAUAAGGACCCAAUGUGUGUGUGUGCAAAAAAGAGGAGCCGUGCCAUUAGGAUUUGUACAGCAGCCAGCGCCCCACAAUCGCUCACAGAGAAGGGAAUUAUCAGCGGCUCCAAGCCCAGGAGGAAGCCUCUGCACGGGGGUAGAUAAUGAGGCAGCCAGGCCUCUGAGUCUGGGCCUGGAUUUCCCAAAACUUCUUUGGGCAUCAUCCUUUUUUUCCCCCCCACAUAAAAGCAAAUGAGUCUGGCAGCCUCCCAUCUCAACCAUUGCAGCUUCCAGCAGCUACAAUAACGAGUCUCCAUUAAAACACAAUCAAAGAUUGGUCAUCGCCAUUAGUUCGGCUGCUGUUGACACUCUGCGCCCUGUGUCUACAAGAAAACAUGGGAUUUAUGCACUGUUGUUUGUGGUGUUAACAGGGAUGAGAUGUAAAAGAGUAGAGAUCAAAACAGACCGGGCUGGACGUGAAAACCUUUAUUUCUGCCAUGACAUCAGUCGGUUUAUAGACAUCGUCUUUGUGAUUUCACCCAACGGUUUCUAAAAAGUCAUUUUAAAGCUAAACAGUGGCUGGCACACAAUUUUUUUUUUUUGUAGGAUGGUAGGGUAAGGUCCCACCCUCCUUCGCUUUCGAUUGGUUAUGCCUUAUGGCUAUGAAACGUCAUCGUCUGUUGGGUUAGAGUUAGGGUUAGAAGAUUCAGAAGUGCGAUGAUGUUCUGUAAUGUUCUGUUCGAUGUACAGAGCCGACAGCCCGUGUUUGGCUUGAGCACUAGAUGACGUUUCCAGCUUUUCUAGCCAAUCAGAGGCGAAGGAGGCGGGACUCUUCCCUACCAUCCUACAAAAAAAAUAUUGCGGUCGGCACCAACUCGGUAAUGCUGACUCAACCUAGCCUACAGUAUUACAGCAUUCGAGUUACUUCAGAAGUCAGAAGUCUGAGCUAAAAAUGAGGUCAAACACGAGUAACUAGCAUUUCAGUAACUAAGUCAGAAAAAAGCAAAAUCGGAGGUGGAAACAAGAUGGCUAUAUCUAUGAAAGUUAUUUAAGCGCUUGCCUUGUCCGAACAUAAAGCAAGCACUAAAAUAACUUGUAAAAUGUAGCUAUCUUGUUUCAGGCCUCCGAUUUUGUUUUUUCCCGAAGUGGCACCUGAAACGCUGGGAACCCGGGUAUGACGUCAUUUUCAGCUCCGACAUCUGACUUCCGAGGUAACUCAAACGCAGCAUAAGACAAGGUCAAAGAGGUGAAGGCACGGUGAGGUUGCGUUACAGCCUCUGGUGGUCACUGGAGGAACUGCAGUUUUUUGUACUUUUAUACUAUCAUACCAAUGUGGUCUAAAUGAAAAGUCUUGGCCAAGAUUUGUCAUGAUAUGAUAUGGAUCAAGCUCCUGCUUUUCGACUUUGAUCUGGAACACAUUUGGCUUGAAUGUGAUGUCAAUCCCAGCUUGGAUGUCCAAUCUUCAAGGUAAGUGGAAGGCGCCAUUAACUCUGAAAGGUAAGGAUGCAAGAAUUUUUACAGUUUUGGAUAUGGUUUUCUGAUGAUGUGUAGAUUAGACUCCCCAGUUGCAGAAGCCUUACACUCAGAGUCUUCAGAUCAUGCCUCAGGGUUCGAACACAUGUACGUAUCAUUUGCGGGGUCGAGGUGAUGAAUGUUUGUGCGAAGAGAGUGAGGAGAUGAAAAAAACCCACAUUCAUUUCCUCCUCUCUCACUGGGAAGAGAGCAGCUGGCCGCGCUCGUUGGUUUUCUGUCCACACAUGUGGAGACACUUUGAUUGUAUGAGGGUGAGGCCUCUCUGAGCUGCAGUGACCAUUGCUCUGCAAUAUCAGCAAACAGAUAAAAGUUUGGUUGGAGGGUAUUUUUCAGAUUUGUUUUCAAUGUAAAGAUGAGGGCAGGUUUUUUUUCUUACUGCAGUGCUUCCUGAAGAUCACAGCCAUCCAGUGUUGGUUUGUGGCCUUUUGUGGAGAGCUUUCAAGGGAGCUUUGUGCUCACGCAGUCUCUCACAGAGUGGUUUACCUCAUCCCAUCUUCUCUGCUGAGAGACUCUGCUAUUCUGGAGAGUCUUUGUCUACACGGUCAUGUUACUAAAGUAUUGUGUACCUGUUUUUUUUAAAUGUUUCUCUUGGUGUGUUUUUUUAAGUCAAACAUAACUAUUUCAUUGUUUUGUUGUCCCUGUCCCAACUUAGAAACUCAAUUUUGUUGCAUUUAGGUUGUAUGUUGAUACAAUUUUAAGGAUCGGUUUGUAUGUAAACAGAGUAAUUAUGUUUAUCAUGUUUAUUUGUGAUAGGCUUGGCUGAAAAAUCCUCCUUUGUUAAUGAUGCUGAACCGCAGGUUCUCAAACUACUGCAAAAACUGUGUUACACUGCUGCCCUCUUGUGUAAGUUUGAGCACUAUUAGUAUUUGCACUGGAGUACUGUGUGACAAAAGCAAUUUCCCCCUGGGGAGUAUUAAAGUAUUUCUGAUUCUGAUUCUGAUCUUACAUUAUUGGACAAACUGAUUGAUCCAGGUGUGUCUGAGUAGUCACAAUGAUCACUCACACCUGGAUUAAAAAAAGUUAUUCUGCUCUGCUGCAGUGAACGCUGCUUUGCCGUGAUCUGCACCGUCUCAAAAUCAGAGUCCAAAAUGAUUGUUAAAACCCUUUUUUUCUGUUUUUGUGGUCAUCUCUCAUCAUCUGCCAAAUGUAUACUGUGAUUCUGUUCAUUUUGUGACAGUGAUGACCUGUGUGUCCUCCGGGCCAGCAGGGGGCGCUCGUCUCGUCAUGCAGGAACGGAAAUGAGCUGCACUCAGUAAGCUUGGGUUACAGCAGCUUUUACAACCUGCGUCAAAACAGCUUUUCGAGACGGGUGGUCGAUACAGCUCGCAAGCCAAGAUAGCUGCAAGUGACACUAAUAUUACUUCCGCCGAAGAAACGCCCCAUUAAGAUAAAAGCACACAAAUACCAUGAGUGCGCUCUGUGGAUAGAUUAUAACAAAAGUGAGAGCAAAAUAUUCAUUUUGGAUCUCAGCUAAAGACAAGUAUAGUAGGGUGAUUUGAACUUGUAUGACAGGGCGGAUUAUCCAAAGCCUCUUUCAAUUCAAAAAAAGUUAUUAUUGGUCGUUUCAUGAGGUUUUAGAGUGCAUUUUAGUGUUUUUAUGUCUGUAUUAUAACUGAAAUAAAGUGCUCCUGACAUUUAAAAAUGCUGUUUAUCACAAUAACGGAUAAUAUUAGAUUAGUUGCUCUUCGUGUAUUAAAUAUUUUGCCUAAGGUGGGUGAUGAGUUACAUUGAGGCUUUUAUUUUGAAAAUCCUAAAGCCGGAACGCACAAAGUUGCUACCGCUAGCUUAAAUCUGCACUCCACCAACAGCUACAUUUAGCCACUUCUUCGGCCUAAAAUAUAUAACUUUAUGUGAUAACUUCUUGUUAAUAGAUUAUGUAAAAUAAACGAGAUUGUUCUAGCAAAGGUUUUGGUAUCAAAACGACUCAGCUAAACUUCAGUUUUUGUUGAAAGUCGACUACGGUGUAACGACCAUUUGUGUUUACCGGACACAAUAUGUGCUAAGGUAGGAAACGGUUUUCCGUUAAGAAACUUUUACCACCGCUGGAUAAAUUAAGGGUUUUCAUUAAGAAGCACAUCAAUCAUCAUAAUCUUUUAUUUUCUGUGUCUGUCCCUCCUUUUUCUCCACAGAUGCCCUCUUUUGAAUUAUUGAAUAAGGUGGAGCAGUUUGUGCGAUCAGGAACAUAUCCUGCAGAUGCAUCCAAGAAUGCAAAGAAAGCAACCAGAGCUGCAAGCAAAAAGUUUCUUUAUAGGGGUACUUUUACAUUUACAAAUAUUUAUUUCUCUCAGUGACUACUCUCUUGUUACUAUCCCCUAAAAAUUUCAGUUUAACAAGUCACUUAACAAGGAAGAAAAACAGCCAGGGCACUGCAUUUAUGUUUUACAUUAUUUGUCUUGCCUCUUGUAACAAAUUUAUGUAGGUUUUAGAUGAAAACUACAGAUUAUAGGUGAUGUCCUUGUAAUUUUGGGUAUGCACUAUCUUGGACUGGGGCUGUCUUGGUAAUAAACAGUAUGAUAGAGGUAGAUUAAAUGAGGAUAAUUUGGAUAUAGGGUAGAGUGGGGUAAGUUGAGCCAGCCCCUGUUGCUUGGAAAUGGUAAAAGAAAUUGAUCAUGUGACCAAAUAUUUAGGAGAUGAACAUCAAUUCAUGGAGUCUGUGAAGGUUAGAAGCACAUGGGUGAAAGGGUUAGACAUUUAUUUAACAAAAAAAAACAUUUUUCAUUUUAGUCUGUCAUAAGUUUGAUUAGAAUUGUAUUCAGACUAGAAUAGAUCAUUUUAAAAUUGUUUAUACAUCAAUAGUGGUAUCUAUGAGCUACAACAUGAGGUCAAAAACCUAACAUAAAACUCCACCAUUUUAGCUUAAAGGACUAAUAAAGACAUAAUAGUAGUUCUGGGGUAACUGAGAAAGUAAAGCAGUCUGAUGAGAGGAUCAGAGUUUCAGUUCAGAUAAAUGUUUCACUUUUUCUUUUCAAAAAUACAGCUGUGAAUGUUCUGAAUCACUCAAAGACAUUCUCAUGUAAAAAUGGCUUUUAACAAAACAGCUUUUUAGCAGUUAUAUGUAAUAAUAAUAAUUAUUAUUGUACCGGUUAAAUAGCGUAUAAUAGAUAAAAAUACACAUGAAUGUGAAGAAGUGACUGUUAUUUAGGGAGAGAGAAGGUGAGGGAGGGUUGGGGUGGAGAGUGGGGGAGUAGUAGGGAUACGGCUCAACUUACCCCGCUCCUAUGGUCAAUUUAUCCCAUACAAGGGGUAAGUUGACCAUAGGAGACCACUUUUUUUGGCAUGCUAUAUUAUCAAGACAGUUCUGUUUACACUCAUUCUGUUGGUUCGCAGGGAUGCACAACAACUUGAAAUAAUGCAGAUACACUAGUUAGAGACAAAACUAUGAUUGACUUGAUGUAGUGAUCAGAAAUAUGAAAAAUGGCUCAUCUUAUCCCACUCUCCCCUACACUGUCUCACAUUUAGAUGAUUUUUUUAGACUUAAAUGACUGAUAUUAGAAAAGCUUAUCUUCACACUUCUUCAAGCAUGGCAAACAGAUGUAUUACCCUCCUCACCCACCACUUAUCGCUCAGAUUAGUUCAGACAUUCUACUUUCCCUGUUGACUUUAUCCCCUCUCUCCGUCCUCUAGAUGGUUGUCUGUGGCGCACCUAUCGAGGCCGCAUGCUGCGUGUCGUCAGGAGUGAGGAAGAAGUCAGGGAAAUAAUGAUCCGUUACCAUGACAACAACAGUCAUGCUGGCCGGGUCCGGGCCGUAAAAGAGAUUAUGGUAAAUUGAUAUAAUGUCAUUGAUAAUGUGAAAUGUAAACAUUCAAACACUGUUAUAAAGUCUGCUGUAGAAGUGAUCGUGGUUGUAGUUAAGUGAUCUCUCCUUUCUCCGUCUGUCCAGAUGAUGUAUUACUGGGUUGGAGUGACGGAGUCGGUGAAAGAGUGGAUCAAAGCUUGUGUUGUUUGUCAGAAGCAGCCUCCUUCCAAACCACCCGACCCACCUGUACAGUUCUGCCUGGCAUACGGCUGCGACGCCUCCAGCUACGUUUACCCGGAGCUCACGUUUCACAGGUCAGACAGCGUGUGCACGGAUUGCAAAGAAAACAUACAAUUUAUGAGCAUUUGAGAGGGGAGUUGAAAUGUGUAUUCUGAAAAUAUGGGGGAAAAAGCAGAGAGAGAAAAAGGUUCUUUCUCAAAGCCCCUGUGAGAACUUUUGGUGUGUGUCAGUUUUGGCGCCACAGGUAGACUUCGCUCUUCUGUCCAGUGUUGUCAUAGAUGUGAAAAGAAAACUGCUCUGUCCUGCAGAUUCCCAAAAGAGGUAGAGCGGCGGCGACGCUGGCUGGCAGUGGCUCAGAGGGAUGAAGGUUCACUUCGCUCGAGGUCCAAUCUCUGCUCCAGACACUUUGAACCCUCGUGCUUCAUCCUGAACGAGGAGGGUCAGAUGACUCUAUCGCUGGCCGCCGUACCCACCAUCAUCUCUACGAGCAUGCAGGAGCAAGAGGUGAUACAAAAAAGAUGCAAUAAUCGAAGAAGUUUUUAUGUUUUACCGGGAUAUCUUGAAAUUUUUGUGCCACGUUUACUCAGCCUGUAGACUCUCAGGGCGCUCUGACCUCAGUUGGCUGAUGUGAUCUGAUCAGGCGACUCUCUGUCUCCAGGGUCUUGUCACCUCAGACGAAGACUUCCUUCAUUCAAACAGUCUGGAAGAAAUCCUCUCCACAGCUGCUGCCGCUGCUACUUCACAAAGCGCAGAAACCUCUGACCUGGCCUUCGAUCAGUCUGAGACACAAACUCAGCUGCAGGAGCACCAGUACUCCCUCCCUCCCUCUGAUCAGGACUCCACGGUGGUCCAGACGGUGAAAGUGUACAAGAAGAGACAGCCUAUCAUCGAGUCAUGCUUUGCAGCUUACAACCAGAUUGCCAGGUCAACAUAAGAUCUCUUAACCUCCUAACAAAACAUGAUAAAAGUUCCAAUGUUUCACAUAAGAGCUUUUUAUUUUUCCUGUCAUUCUGCAGGUAUCUGAGUCACAGGGUCUUACCAAUGCAAAGCAAGAUAACCAGAGGUUCUCUGAAGAGGAUGGCGAAGCGCUUUGACCUGAUAGGUGAGUGACAGAUUCGUAUUACCUGGUCCAGCUUUAUUCUUCAGCGUCAUCUUAAUAUGAGGACCCUUCUCUCUUCAUUUCAGACGGAGUUCUGAUGUUCACAAGAGUCUCUCCUCCUCUCAGAGUGCCGCGCAGCAGAGAGGAGGUUUGCACGAUUUUCAUACAGUUUAAUUUAAACCCACAGCAUAAAAGCCGGAAAAGGAGGUUUUAAUUGACCUCUGACGCCUCUAACCUCCAGGUAAACUCGAUCCUGCAACAGUUCCAUGAUAAUCAGGGUCACUACGGCCAGGGAAUCUGCCAGAAAGAGAUCGCAAAACACUUCUACUGGGCCACCAUGACUCGAGACCUGGCCCGCUGGAUCUCCAGCUGCAACACCUGUGUCAACAGGACCAAGAGGAAGCUGUACCGCUGCAGCGUCCAAAGCUGCACCAACUGCUGCGGGCCGGUGGAGAGGGGCCUGGGUCUCACCUUCCAUAAGUAUGAACUCUUUAAUUCAAAAGUGAUACAUGAUAUGAUAAGAUUUACCCCAAACCGUCUUUUCUUUCUCUCCUUUCUCUGAAUCCGUCUUUGGUAAAUCCAUUUCUUCUUCACCUCCAGGUUUCCUCUCCACAACACGGCUCUGCUCUCUCAUUGGUUGAAGGCUGUGGGUCGAUCUAACUGGCACCCUCGGCUCUGGUCGUCGGUGUGUUCGGUCCAUUUCACGGAGGACUGCUUUGACCGCAGCGGGGAGAAGGUCACCAUCCGUCCAGACGCAGUGCCCACUCUCCUGGUCCACGGCGACUCAGGGGUAAGAAGCAGCUGUGCAUCAGAUCAGAUCCUAGAAAUUCAAAAUCAGUGGAAGAAAAGUCCAAAACAUUAAAAAAGCCUGGUGCUGUUUUAAAGCUUGAGUUAUUUCUUUCCUCCACAGACUUCAAGCAAUGGCCAAGCACCGCCUGCUGUGGGAGAUGAAGUGAGUUCCAGGUGUUUAAAGAUUAAAGGUCACUGAAUGAUGUGCGUCCUGGAAAAAUCAAGUCAUUGUUCUGUAUCUUUUUGUAAUUAUUUGUUUGCAGCAUGCCUUUUUUGCCAAGUACGACGCGGUAGAUCUCUACCUGCGCAGACGCACGUAUCCUCCUGGACUGAGCUACGUGGAGAAAAACACCUUCAGGAGGUUCUGCAAACAGUUUGCGAUCAAAGGUUUGUGUAAAGUGAAAUCCGUACACCUCCUUUUAAUAUUUACACAGAUACAAAGGGCUUCUUUUGAGCUGCUGCUGAAAAAGAGAGCUUAGAUAAAUACAUAAUUCAUAAAUCUGGUGGUACCCCUCAAGAAGACUGAGCCAAACUGACCGGUCUUCAGUAUGAGCGCACUUUUGAUUCCUGGAAAAGUUAGUUUACUCAAUUUCGCUGUUCGUUUUCAGACGACGAGCUCCACAUGGCGAGAGGAGAGCGGGUGCGUUUGGUCCUGAGGAACAGACAGCAGGUCGAAAACGCUCUGGUGGAUUAUCACAACGAGCUGAACCACCUGGAUGUCACCAAAUGUCUCCGACUUCUCAAUGAAAGGUGAGGAGUUAAAGCACUUUGUGAUAAAAACUAUCAUUCUUAUCAUCAGAUUAUUUUGAAGUUUGCACAGCUGUGAUUGUCCAGGCUGUUCUCGUCCCAAAUGUCCGAGGUGAAGUUGUUUCCAUUCAUGAUGAGUUGGUGAUUUCUGACAGGUACUUCUGGAAGACGAUGAGAUCUGAUGUGGUGAAAUGGAUCGACAACUGCUCACAGUGCAGCCAGAAGAAGAGGCCGAAACCAGACGGUCGAACAAAGCCGAACCCGGCAGAGACGAGAUCCCUACAGAUCCACGGGGAUAUCGACAGGUGUGUGGAUUUCAGUCAGAGUUAGCAGCAGUAAAAAUGAAGUUAACAGGAUAGUUUGAAGAGCAGGUGUUAUGUGAUGAAAAAUUAAUAUAUGUUGAAUUUCUUUGACCUCUUGUCCCGCUCUUAUUUGCGUCUUUUUAGUGGUGAGGAUGAUGAUGACUUCAGCCAUGAUGAAGAGGAUGAUGUUGAUGUUAGUAUCGCUGAUGAUGAAGAGAGUCUGCUAGUAACAAGUUCAAAGAACAGAGCGGUAAGUAUCAUAGCCUACUUUAAGUACAAGUUUGUCAAAAAGUGUACUUAUCCAGGGGUGUGUCCAGAAGGGUAGUCAGGGUGGCAUGAGCCCUGUUAAAUCUGGUCGCCCUUGACACUAACCAAAGUUUUGAACCAUUAAAACAAUUGAACUCACUCCCUGACUCUUGCUUCCUUUCUGUCCCAGCAGCCUGUUCCCCCCGUCACCCCUCAGCCCAGAAUACCAAUCCUCCUUCACCUAAGAGCUCCUGUCAACGUCCAGCCCAAAUCUCCUAUCAUCCUCCAGCAGAAAAACGCUAAUACCCGUUUUGUGACCAAAGUUUGGUCUCUGAAGACAGCCGCUGCUCCACAGUCUGACGUCCAGACUGAAAACAGCUCAGAGACUCAGUCCAAGAAUCAAACCAGUGUUAUUCAGAUCCACCCAGAGGGUAAAACCCAACCCCAGGAUGGGUACAAAACAAGAAGCUCUCAGGGCAGCGCCAGAACACACUACGUCCAACUACAGGUCAUUUCUGAGCCCAACUCUGAGUCGCAUGAUCCACCUGAACCCACAGCGGAUCUCAACCCUCCUAAAACCACAGGCAAGAAAACUGAAGCAGGUAAAAACAAAGGAACAAAGACUCAAUCCAAGUCCCAAACAUCUGCACAAACACAGAGCAGUGGUGGCGUCCAGCGAGGGCGGAAGAGGAAAACAGACCAGGAUGAAGGUUGUCCAGCUGAGAAGACCCUCAGCUCUGGUAUGGAGCCUGUGAAGACCUCGAGCACCAAACCCUGGCCCGUCUUUACCAUCUCUACUCCAGCACAGCCAUUGAAACCCCCUCCUGAGGUGGACAGGUAUGACACUUAAACUAUUACCAUCUUAAUGUACAUCAGUAGUACUUGUAGUUACUUAAAGCGGUUUUGAAUAUAUCCAACUUUAAGUCUUGCAAUCAAUCAAAUUCUGAUUUUUGCUUUUAAUGUCUUGAAAAUAGAUUUUUAAAAUUAACUGAUUUACCUAAUUGUUUCUCAUUGUUCCUCCUUUUAUUUGCUUGAUUUCAUCUUUAUUUUGAUUGUUUCAUGUUUGUAUUCUUUUAUUUUUCCUGUUGUUACCUUAUUUCUCUUAUCCUUUAUUUUAUUUCAGCUAUUUUUGUUUUUUUCUAAUUACUUUUAUGUCUUUUUCUUCUUUGUUUUGGUGUUUUUAGAUUUUUUACUUUCCCUUGUUUUGAUGUUCUUUAAGUAUUUUUUUAUUGCUAUAACUCUAAAUCUCGUAUUUAUUUUAUUUUAUUGUUUUCAUUCUUCUCUUUUGUUCACACCUUUUUUUUGUUUUUUGUAUUUCUUCAAUUCUUCUUCACAUUGACUUUACUUUCACAUCCUCUUGUUUUGUAUUAUUUGGGCUUUUUGGUUGCCCAAAUAAUGCCCAAGUUUCACGAUUUCUUUGUUUGUCAAAGCCCUUUAAAACCCGUGUAUUUAAUGGUGACAUUUAAAACGCACGUCACCUCAUUUAUUUUGAACUCUGUGUGUUUGUUUGUGUAUUUGCAGCCCUGCACCCAUUCGAAAGCCCAGGAAACUUCAGGCCCGGAUGGUGAUCCAGCACUGCAGCCAGGCCAAAGUCAAGAUCAGACCAGCUGUGGACGGGUCUGACGCUCAGUGGGCAGAGGUACGAAGAAAUCUUUUUUAACGUGACCAUUUUUUAAUUAAAUUUUCUGUGUCAACAUUUGGGUCAGCUGUCAGUCAGAAAUCAAGUCCUCACUCUGUUCUCAGAUCCAGGAGGGGAUGGUUGUAUAUGUGAGCUUCUUCCUUGGAGCCACUGAGGACAUCAUUCAGGAGAUGGGUAAAUUAUGUUGUUCGUAUUCCUUAAAUACUUGAACUUAGCCAGGGCUUGAAGCUAACUUUUGUUGAACUUUAGGGGCACAAUGAAAAUAAUGUGUGUCUUAUUGGUCGACAUAAGUAGUCGCAAAUGCGAGUAAAAUGGUCGCAUUGUCGAGCCCUGUUAGCGUAAGAAAUUUAAGGAACCAAGCUGAUGACAUGCCCCUGUUUUGGUCUGAAAUGUUGCCCUUUUUUGCACACUACUUCAAUAUCCUUGAUGCUUUUAAUUAAUUUUAGUGAGUAAAUAACUUUCCUCAUGUAAGUUUUUUCCCAAUGGUCAAAUUUUAAAAGUAUCUUGGAAUCUUAAACAAACUUUAAUUCUGUUUUUUUUUUCCAUUCUUCUUUCUUUCUCCAGCCAACAGUCUGAUGACCGUCAAACAUUUCCGGAAAGACACCAGGCACUUGGUGUCCAUCCUCGACCUCCCCGGGAACGUCUUAUUCGUCCCUCAGGACUCCCUGGUCGGGGAGCUGAUGCCAAAGAAGCGGAUGCAGUACAAGGCGGGUUGUGAGCUGUGGUGGGGCAGCCAGCUCUUCUCAAACCUGGUGUCCACCUGCAGAGAGCUCAUGGCGGGUUCGGUGAAGAGCGCAAAGGCGGGCGUGAAGGUAGAGCAGGGCAUCUACGGACAGAAACAAGAGAUUGUACUGAACUCUAUGGAGCCCAUGACAGUCCUGCUGGAGUUCUGAGGACAUCUGUGGAGCUUUUUGAAAUGUAGAGACCUUAAUUUGUGGAAUGAAACUUCUGCAUCUUCCGUCAAAUGUACAUGUAACCUGUAGGCACACGUAUUCAGCAUUUUUUUAAUCUGUGGGAAACUUCUCAGUCAUACGUGUAACUCUUUUAGACAAGAUUUCAAAGAACUUUAGGACCAGGAAUCCUAAAAUAAAGUUCCCAAACAAACAUGACCCUCGGUGCAGGAACCUAUUUUUUUUUUCACCUGUGACUGAGUUUGUUAUUGGUUGCACCAGACCAGUAAAGCAGUCAGUUCCUGAGUUACCAAAGCUUGUGUCUCAAGAAAAGUGCCUACAGUAGAAGCACCUCAAUGGGACUAUUUUGCGUGAGACGAAAACUUAAAAAAUCCUGCAGAGACUGUGGUGGGAUUUACAAAAUCAAAGUCUACAUUUUGAAAAGGGAAUCUCGUCUAAGUUAUCAUAUUGCAUUUACUUGAGAAAAUAAAAACCUGCUGUUUUUCUGAGUAUCAAAAAAA